AUGAAGCAGAAACUACUCCAGGUACGAGAGGCAAAGAAAGCCGUCAUUACUGCACAGAUGAAAAAGAUUGAAGAUGUAAAACGUAGCGACGUCGACAUGGUGGAAUUUGACACGAUUCUUGAGGCAGUAGAGGCCAAGUUCAAGUCACUGGAAGGUUCUAAUGAAAAGAUACUAGUGCAAACUGAUGGCGAAGAUUUACUAACUGAGAUGACGGAGACCGAUGAUUACAUGCUGAGCGUAAAAAUUCAGAUCAGAAGUCUUCAAGCUUUUAAGAACAACCGCAAAUCUUCCACACCAUCUAUCCAAGCCGCAACUACCGCCAGUAGUGAUUUCCAGCCUACCGGGUCCAGUAUCCAACCUACAGGGUCCAGUUUCCAUCCUUCAGAGUUCCGUGUCCAGUCUGCGGAGGGUAUCCGGUCUACAGAGUUGUAUCCCACUGACGUCUGCCCUGGAGAACCAUUCAGCAACGCAAGCGUCCAAUCACAGAAUAUAGCCACAGACAGAGUACAGUAUACAUGCCAACCUGUAAGUAAUGCUUCUAUUAAUUCUACAAACUCGUCCAUUUUCCAUAGACUGCCGAAACUUACGCUCCCUACUUUCAAUGGGGAUAUUUUACGUUGGCAAACGUUCUGGGACUCAUUCGAAUCCACCAUACAUCUAAAUUAUAAUCUAACUGAUGUGCAAAAGUUCAGCUACUUGCAAUCUCAGCUUGAAUCUGAAGCAGCCAAUACUAUUGAAGGUUUUACGCUGACCAAUGCCAAUUAUGCUCGAGCGAUAAAUUUACUGAAAGAAAGGUAUGGUCGCCGACAAAAAAUUACGCAAGUCCUUCUUCAGCUUCCAGCCCCGACAAAUAGUAUCCAUAGCUUGCGCAGUGUCUACGAUAAGAUGGAAUCGUAUAUCCGUAGUCUAGAGUCCAAUGGUCAGUAUCAGGACACGUACGGCAACUUACUAGUUCCCAUAAUAUUAGAUAAGUUACCAGGAGAAGUACGACGUAACCUAGCCCGAGAGCACGGCGACGGUGACUGGCAGUUACUAGAUCCACGCAAGGCAAUAUCCAGGGAAAUAAACAUAUUAGAUGCAGGCGGUCCUAUAAGUCAUCAGCCGGAAGUAGACAUGUAUGGGUCAACAGCUUCGUUUUAUACUGGUACAAAGACGAAACGAACUGCGCCAGUUUCUUCCAACCCCAUGAUUCCCCCUAAAAGAUCACAUAGAAACCCAGUAAAGUGUGCCUUCUGUCAGGAAUCACACAGUUCCAUAGAUUGUGCCAAGUACCCUGACGUCGCAUCCAGACUAGCCGUCGUAAAAAAGAAUCGACUAUGCUUCAACUGCCUUGGUUCACACAUGAUGUCCAGAUGCAAGUCACGUCGUACAUGUCAGAAGUGCCACAAGAAGCAUCACACAAGUAUUUGCCAGCCAGAAAAAACCCCGCAACCUAGUAUACCUACACAGACUCAAACCAGUGACCCAAAGGCACCAGCUCAAGCGUUCUAUCCCCAACCGGAAGUUACGAUGCACGCAUCAUCAACCCAAAAAUCCCUAUCCGGAGUUUUACUGAAGACAGCCAUCGCCCCUAUAUGUUCCAGAGAAAACCAUUCUUUAGACGCUACUAUCCUAUUUGAUGAAGGAUCACAACGAUCGUACAUAACACAGUCGUUAGCGCAAGAAUUACAACUGGCAAGGGAGACAACCGAGACAAUUUGUUUGUCGGCAUUUGGAGGGAAGAGUGACGGAGUUCAGCACCUUGAUACCACUACGGUCUACCUGAUAACAGAUUCUAAGCAAAAAAUCCCUAUCAAAACUAUUAUUGUCCCGACCAUAGCAAAUCCCAUUACUAAUCACCUGAAGGAUUCCACGGUUAAUUUACCAUACUUACGUGGUCUUAAGUUAGCCCAUCCAGUGAGCAGUGACAGUUGUUUUAACAUAUCCCUACUCAUCGGCGCUGAUUUCUACUGGGAUAUUGUUGAAGAUGAGGUACGACGUGGAGAUGGUCAGUAA